AGCUCCGAGCGUCAACACCGACCUACAUCGCCUCCACCACAGCGCGCAAGCUUUUUUGUUUACGCGCGCGAUUAUCCACGGCUCGCGCCGAUUUCUCGCCCGGCGCUCCCAGUGCACGAUCGUACAUUGCCAAAGCGAACGAGCGGACAAACAAAAAACGAAAGGGAGAAAAUAGAAAAAAAAAAAACAAACAAUCAAACAAACGAAAAACCGAGCUCGCUCGCAGUGCCGAUCUCCCGUGUGUUCGUGUGCUGUGGCCGGAGAGAGAUUUCGAUUCGCCCGUGAUCGCUGCAAUCGACAAGGCUGCACAAGGCGUCUCAGCGCGGAGCACGUGGGUCGGACUUCCAAAGCUGCAACACUGGCGCGAUGCUGAGCCUGUUGAGCUUGCAGCACAGCAGCAGUAGCAGCAGCAGGGGCUCUCGGCCGGAGCAACGAUAACGAUGACCGCUCGCGUACAUUCGCCCAGGCACCAACCGCAACAGCAUAAAUCGUCGUCGAGCAGCGGCAGUAGCGGAAGCGUCGGCAGCGGUAAGAAGCCGAGCACACAGCAGUCGGCAGCGAGCACAGCGGCGGCGGUCGUAGCGGCGGCGGCGGCGGUUGCCAGGCUUCAUCAGCAAGCGCUCCAGCAGCAGCGUCUGUUCGUCGACGAGGACGACAGUACGAACCCCAGCCCCUGCACUACGCCCAGCCCCGGUCCCAAACUCGCCGACGGACGCAGAGCGAACAAGCCGCUAAUGGAGAAACGACGCCGAGCCCGGAUAAACCAGUCGCUGGCGGCGUUAAAGGCGCUCAUACUGGACAGCGCGCGCCUCGAAAAUACCAAGCACAGCAAACUCGAGAAGGCGGAUAUACUCGAGCUGACGGUACGUCAUCUGCAAAGGCAGCGCUCGCUUGCACAACCUGGACUGUCUAGGUACAAGGCUGGCUAUCAGGAUUGUUCCAGAGAGGUAAGCCGUUACCUCGACGCACCCGACAUAAUAACCGGCAACACAACGCCACUCGAUCCAGCAUUCAAGCAGCGUCUACUCCGCCACUUGGACAGCUGCGUCUCAGAGUUAGACUUGGAUCUGGGAUCCCGGCCAGACUCAGGUUUAGGCUCGAGUCCAGGCAGCGUAACAGAUCGAGUACUCGGGCCGAGCUCGCCAGUCUCGGUGCUCGAGCAGCAGCACCAACAAGUCGCGGCGGCGGCGGCCGCAGCGGCCCACUGCAGCGCCGCGUUGGGCGCGGCGAUGAUCAAGCAGGAAAUACCCGAGCUGGUAGAGGCGGCGAGGGCGGACAGCAGCACGGCCCCCGGCGACGAGAACAACAACAGCAGCAGGCCAACCUCGGCCUUCGGUCAUUUGCACCCCGGCGUGGUGGCCGGGAUGCCCGGGAUCGACCCGACGGGUGUCGCUCAAGCCAAUCCGAACAUGCUGUCGGUCGUGCAGGUCAUCCCGUCGCGACUACCGGACGGACAAGUGGUCUUCCUGCUGCCGAGUCACUACGUCCAAUUGGCUGCCGCGGCGGCAGCCAACGGCAUCAACAUCGGGCCGAACCCGCCCGCCGCCAUUUGGGCCACGACCAACAUGUCGCUGCUGAAAGCUACGGACAAGCUGAUGAAGAGGCCGCUAAUGGAUAGCGAUUUGCCGGCCGACUGGCCGCCGGUGGAUCAGCUGAAACCCAGCAAGAGUCCGAGGAUGGAGCUGGCGUCGGAGCAGCCGUUAGACUUCACUACGAGCAGUGCGAAGAAGCUGAAGGCUGCAGCCGCGAGAUACGCCGCCCAGCAAAAGCACGGGGACACGGAGAAGCGCGGCGAGUCGUCGUCGCCGUUGGUCGAGCAGUCGCCACUGGACGAGAAGCCGCCCAAGCAGGAAUUGUCCACGGCCGACAUGGUCUCGGCAGAGAGCUUGGAGCAACAGGCCAAGCAUCAGCAGCAUCAGCAGCAACAGGAUGAGGAGGGCAUGUGGAGGCCGUGGUAAAUUCUUGUUCCCCUCUCGCGUCGUCGUUACGAUUAUGCUUCUGUAAUCGCGGGUCUGGUUUCGGUGAACGCCGCUGCUACGAUGACGGCGACAGCCGUCCAAAGAGCAACGAGAAGUAAGUAGGAAUUGCCGGUCUUCCUCGGCACCAGUCCCAGCGCAUUUCCCCCAACUCUCCCCCCCUUUCCUUUAUACCGAGUCGCAAGCUCACGCUGCCGUCGCAGAGUGAUGAUGAUUCCUCGGCGUUGGCCGGACGACUCGACAGGAGACACUACUUCUCCGCGCGCGCAACUCGAAUGCCCGAGCGGUCGCGAGCGCCCAACGAGUAAACGCAAACAAAGGCUGUACGUAUGUAAACUCUGUAAUAAACAAAAGGUUUGCGCGAGACGAGCGAACUUCAUCCUUCUCUCGAAUGAACUUCCCAUGAGUAUUAGAAACAACAGGCGUAUUCGUGCGUAGAGAAUAGCCGAUUUUCCCCCACUGCAGGCACGAACGCAUAAACUUACACACCACGCACACGCGCACACACACACACUCACACACACGUAUACAUGUGUAAAUAGUCACACACAGAUUAUAUUAUUGUAUAGAUUUAUUUCAAACGUUAUCUAGGUGUAAAAAAAAGUCGACGAAUGAAUGAAUAAAUAAACUGUUUUCAAUUAUUGUCCUCGAUAUGUAAUAUGUAUAUUCGAAUUUAUAUAUAUAUAUAGAUGCAAAUGAUAUAGGAGAGAGUGUGAUUGAAGAGCGUUAGCUAUUAGAAAAGAGCAAAACUUGAUUUAGAUGUUUUAGGACGAAAGAAAGCAAAACUUAACUUUGUGAUUCCGAGCGUUUUAAUUGUUGUCUGUAAUUGCUAAAUAUAUUACAAAAUCUGGUCUCCAUAAUUCAAUGUACUUAGUGAAGCAGUGAAAAAUACACGCAAAUAUUGAAC